UGUCUACUGGCAUCGUUUACAUCUACUACACCCGAUGGCUGAUCUGACACGGCUUUGACACUUAUAUUUAGCAACGUUCUUCCAUGUGAUCGCGGUUUCCCCGUUCUGAGAAUAUAAAAGGAGUCAGAAUCGUGUUCCAAGUCCUGCCCCACCUGUGCAAAUGCAUCGAUUGAAGAUUCAGUGAUGAUUACAUGUAGUUCUGACCUAAUUCCACAACACGCAGGCAGACAUGUACAGGUCUUAGCAGAUUUCGAGAAAUAUCGGUAAAAGAGACUUGUUACCGUCGGACAAGGCCAAACCAAAACAAAACAGGCCCAACCCCAGGUCCCCACGUGUUCAGCGUACACGCUGCGGUGACGCCAGUGCAGUGGUGGUGCAAUAAAACGGAAUACGCGGUCACCAUUCAAACAAACCCAAUGGUGAAGAUUGCUGUAGUUGGAGCUGGCAUACUAGGCCUCUCCUCGGCCGUGCAGAUUCAGGCAGCUGUUCCCAACGCCAGGGUAACUGUGAUAGCAGACAAAUUUGCCAAGAAUACCACCAGUGAUGGAGCAGCUGGCGUGUUUAGACCCACCCUGGACCUAAUAAAAGCAGACCCAGAACUUGUCAGACAGUGGAGCCAAGAUGGAUGGGAUUUUUAUAGCUCGGUUGCUAAAUCUUCAGACUCAGCAGAGGCUGGGAUACAUCUGAUAUCAGGGUUCCAAGUCUUCAAUCAACCAAGAGAGAGGCCAAUAUACCAUGACAUAGUGUACCAUUUCCGAGAUAUGACUCCUCAGGAACUGCAGCAUAUUCCAGGAAAUUUCAGGUACGGCUGGUUCUGCACUACACUGUGUAUAGAGAGCAGGUGGUUUCUACCUUGGCUUAUGAGAAAAUUUCGGUUGAAUGGUGGACAAGUUGAGCACAGAACACUGCACAGUUUAGCAGAGUUAGCAGACACGUAUGAUCUGGUGGUCAACUGUAGUGGACUGAGGGCAAAGACGUUAGUUAAUGACCACAAGAUGUACCCAGCAAGAGGACAGAUGCUAAGAGUUGAGGCCCCAUGGCAGACACAUUUUAUCUAUGAUCUUGACUCAGGUCCUUAUAUUAUACCCUGUGCAGGCAAUGUGGUUGUUGGUGGACAACGUCAAGUCGGAAACUUCAAUCCAGAGAAAGAUCCAAAAGAUACCCAGAAUCUGUGGGAAUGGGGAACUCAGUUAUCCCCAAGCCUAAAGUCAGCCAAGUUGCUGUGGGAGUGGGUGGGGCUACGGCCCCAUAGGGACCCCCCUCGUGUAGAAAUGGAACUCCUGAAGUUGGGAAGCAGAUUGUUAAAGGUAAUCCACAACUAUGGUCAGGGUGCCAAUGGAAUCACCCUGGGGUGGGGAUGCUCAAAGCAUGCCACGCGCCUGGUACUGGAGGCCCUCUCGCUGGAGAAAACCAAAUCUUCAAAACUUUGACCUUGUUGCAAUAUGCCUCUGCUAGUACCAGUCUACUUUUAAUAAGCAGGAUGUUGGGGACCUGAUAUAUUUGGUUUGAAUUUGGAAGUCCAAUACACAUGUGUAUAAGGGUAAAAUAUAGUCUGGUCUUCUAAAAAAAAACCUAUUGACUGUAACAUUGACAGAGGGUGUUUAAAGUUGGCCAAAGGUGCAAAAAUGGACAAUUAAUUAAACUUGGUCAUCUAUGACCGCAUUCAGAUUUACACAUUGUACAAGCUAGGUUGGUCCAACUCUACGAGGGAUUUUUGCUAAAGUGCAGUCAUUGGAAUCAGCUUAAUUGUCUGACACACUUCCUUGACCAGCUAGGGGGUAAUUAACUAUUGUGUGCUGAUUCCACUGAUUGCACUUCAGUGAGAAUCACCCUCAGAGUUGGAUAGACCCAGUUAGUAGGAUGUGGGAAUAUAAAUGCACCCUAUCUCUGUCUGAUGAUGACUUGUGUUGAUGAUUUAUAUUCAUAAAGUUUUGCGAUUUAAUUGACAACUUAACUUUUCAAAAAUCAAAUAAAUUUAUUGAUUAAGGGACAAUUACUCUAUCAAUUAUGAUAAAUGAAACAGAAUAAUUUCAAUAAACACUGUACACACAGCGAUGAAG